UGAUAAACAAAAAUUUAAAUUCGGCAGAUAAAUAUACGAAACAAAAUCAAAAGAAAUUUAACGGAAAGUGUUUCAAUUGCGGUAAAAUCGGACAUAAAAGUGCGGACUGUCGAAUAAAAACAAAACACGGUGAAACGAAUAACAGAUAUGAUGCUAUGACCGCUAUAGUGUGCAAUACUGAAGUAUCGAAAUCUAGCGAUUGGUUCCUUGAUAGCGGCGCGACGCGUCAUAUGUGUAAUGAUUAUCGAAAAUUUACGGUAUUAAACGAUACAGAAAAAUUUAGAGUAUUUACAGCAGCGGAACAUUGUUUAGAUUCGUCAAGCACGGGCGAAAUUAAUUUAGAAGUGAAAAAUCGUGGUUCAAAAAACACCGUAAAUCUAAAAGACGCAAUGUUAAUUCCCGCGUUAAGAAAUAAUCUAAUGUCAGUUUCUAUGAUCACAGACAAUGGAUACACGGUAGUAUUUGAUAAAAAUAGUGCAACGAUAAAACGCAGAGACGGAUCCACAGCUUUAACAACAACGAAGAGGAAUCAACUCUACGUAGUAAACGAAACGAAAAACCACGCGAUGGCUGUUCACAAAAUCUACAACGAUAAAUUGACUCGUUGGCAUCAAAGGUAUGGACAUUUAAAUGUUGCAGAUUUGAAAAAUUUAAAAAUAAAAGAGAUGCUUAAAGGUGUUGAAUUUACAACAAAAACUGACGGAUUUCAAUGUGAGAUCUGUGAUCAAAAUAAGCUGCAUGUUCAACCGUUUAAGCCGUCAAAAAACAGAGAGACCGAGGUACUGAAUUUGAUACACUCUGAUAUUUGCGGUCCGAUGAAUGUUGAAUCAUUAGAAGGAUCGAGGCUUUCAGAAAUUACAAAAGAAGAGUGGAAAACCAAACAGGACAACGUAUCAAGAAAUUACGCACGGACAAUGGGAAAGAAUAUUUGUCCAAUGAUCUCAAAAAAUUUUUGGAGGAUGAAGGCAUCGCUCGACAACUUUCUGUGGAAUAUACUCCGCAACAGAACGGUGUUGCAGAACGCGCAAAUAGGACGAUUGUCGAAAUGGCAAGAUUGCUGCAACAAUCUGGAUUACCGCAAUCCCUAUGGGCCGAAGCACAAGGUCAUCGCAUUAAAUAAAGGUCCUAAACGCGGAAAGUUCUUCCGAAAGGGAGAUGAAUAUGUCUUAGUCAGAUAUUCAGAUGAAGCUAAAGCAUACAGAUUAUGGAAGCCACGAACGAAAACUGUAAUAAAAUCACGCGACAUUAAAUUUUACGAGAAGCUUCAUUCAUGCAAUUAUGAUUGGGAUGAUCUAACUAAAAAUGACUCGAAUAACAAUAUAAAUGAAAAAGGAACGCUGAAAAUUAAAUCGAUGCCAUUAUUAACGGAUCUUCAAGACUCGGAAGCUAAUGAAGAAAUAACAAACGAAUAUGAUCAACAACUCGAAGAUAACGAUUCAGAAGAUGAAGUCGAUGAAGUUCCAGAAGAAAGAGAGGAAAAUGGAAAUAAAGAUUUACAACGAGGUCGUGGACGUCCUAAAUUAUUGAAAACCGGUCAACGAGGAAGACCUAAGAAAAUGUAUCAAAAGCGCAAUGAUGCUAAUCAUAAUCCCAUGGAUGUAGCUGAGGCUAUGAAUCGAAGCGAUCGAUUAGAAUGA